AUGGCUGUGAGCACUCCCGGUGGAGAGGCUACCGUCGGAUCGGAUGCGCCCAAAAAAAAGGGCCCCGCGACACCUGACACCAUCAUCUCCGGCUGCAUCGCUUGGGUCGAGAAAGACGGCAAGCCCCGACGCGCCGAGAUUCUUAGCAUCAAGACAACCAAGAGUGGGAAGCAGUUCUAUUGUAAUUUCGAUAACUUCAAUAAGCGUCUGGAUGAAUGGGUACCUGUGGCACGAAUUGAUUUCAAUCAAGACGUAGAAUGGCCGAAUCCAGAGAAGGACAAGCCCAAAGAGCAAAAGAAGAAGGCGCCACCUGCAAACAAGAAGACUCUGGUCUCGAAAAAGGCGCAGAAGCGCCCUACAACCAAGCGAGAACAAUCCGCAGUGUCGGAAGCAAGCACACCGCAUCCAUGGACAGGUAUGAACCCUCUCUCGCUCCCAUCGUACAAGUCAGAUCUGGUACCUAACCGUUGCGCUUUAGAGUUCGUCGAGUCACAGGAGCAGCGAAAGUCGGUAUCGAUCGGACCCGAAGGCGAGACUCAGACAACAGAUAGUGUGGAAGCUAGUGCGACGCCCGGACUGGGCGAGGAAAUGGAUAUCGACGACAAGGAGUCGCAAGAGAAAAAGGAUGGCCACGGAUUCAGCCGCGAAGACGAAAUCGAGAAGCUGAGGACAUCCGGCUCAAUGACUCAGAACCCCACCGAGGUCUCGAGGAUCAGAAAUAUUUCCAAGGUCCAAUUCGGGAAGAACGACCUCUUCCCCUGGUAUUUCUCGCCGUAUCCAGAGGUGUUUAGCUUGGAAGAUGUUAUUUACAUCUGCGAGUUUUGCCUGGGUUAUUAUGGCGACGAGUUUUCCUUUGUGAGGCAUCGCAAGAAGUGCACUCUUCAACAUCCUCCUGGAAAUGAGAUCUACCGGGAUGAAUACAUUUCCUUCUUCGAGAUUGACGGAAGGAGACAGCGCACAUGGUGCCGGAACCUCUGCUUGUUGUCGAAAAUGUUCUUGGAUCAUAAGACACUCUAUUAUGAUGUCGACCCCUUCCUGUUCUACGUCAUGACAAUCAGGAGCGACAAAGGAUUCCAUCUCGUGGGGUAUUUCUCAAAAGAGAAAGAGAGUGCAGAUGGAUAUAACGUAGCCUGUAUUUUGACGCUACCGCAAUACCAGCGAAAGGGUUUCGGCCGACUAUUGAUUCAAUUUUCCUACGAACUUUCAAGGAUCGAAGGGAAGCUUGGCUCGCCAGAGAAGCCCUUGUCAGAUUUAGGUCUUCUCAGUUAUCGUCAAUUCUGGUCUGAGAACAUCAUCGAGCUUCUGAUGGGGUACAACGAGCGAGAAGAGAAAGCGACAAUUGAAGCUAUCUCGACAGCGCUUGCCAUGACAACACAAGAUGUCGAGCAUACGCUUCAAGCUUUGAAGAUGCAAGUGUACCACAAGAGCGACCACAAAAUUAUCAUCCCAGAAAAACUCAUUAAGCAGAGGGAGAAGCAAUUGACGAAGAAGAGGCGGGUUAUUGAUCCAGAAAGGAUACAAUGGAAGCCGCCGGUAUUUACAGCUUCCAGCAGAACUUGGGGCUGGUAG